GCCGCCGCGCCACGAGACACCGCUUUCCGGCUCCGAGGGUCAACCCCGCCUCCUCCACGGCGGCCCCGCCCCCGCCACGUGACGCACGGAAGGCCGCCGCUUCCUCUUACUGGCGUAGUUCCGCGUCUCGGCGCUCGCCGCUCCUGGGUGCUAUUGCCCGCCUGAGUCACGUGUUGGGGGAAGCGGGACGGCGUCGUCCUCCUUUCCUAGCACCCCCUCCGUCCGCCAUGUUUUCAGGCCGGGUCUGUCUUGGUCCUCCCCCCUAAGGAAAUGGCCGUGGAGCUCCAGGGGACCCGGGUGCCGUCGCUUCGGCGGAGCCUGGGCUGACAAGGCAGGGCAGCGGGGGGAACCCUAGCAGUUCCGCGCGAGAUAGGGAGGCCAUGGCGUCCGGCAGUAACUGGCUUUCCGGAGUGAAUGUCGUGCUGGUGAUGGCCUACGGGAGCCUGGUGUUUGUACUGCUAUUUAUUUUUGUGAAGAGGCAAAUCAUGCGCUUUGCAAUGAAAUCUCGAAGGGGACCUCAUGUCCCCGUGGGACACAAUGCCCCCAAGGACUUAAAAGAGGAGAUUGAUACUCGCCUAUCAAGGGUUCAGGAUAUCAAGUAUGAACCCCAGCUCCUUGCAGAUGAUGAUGUUAGACUGCUACAGCUGGAAACCCAGGGAAAUCAAAAUUGCUACAACUAUCUGUACAGGAUGAAAGCUCUGGAUGCCAUUCGUGCCUCUGAGAUCCCGUUUCAUGCUGAAGGCCGGCAUCCUCGUUCCUUAAUGGGCAAGAAUUUCCGCUCUUACCUGCUAGAUCUGCGAAAUACUAGUACUCCUUUUAAGGGUGUGCGCAAGGCCCUCAUUGAUACCCUGCUGGAUGGCUAUGAGACAGCCCGCUAUGGGACAGGGGUCUUUGGCCAGAAUGAGUACCUGCGCUAUCAGGAAGCCCUGAGUGAGCUGGCCACCGUGGUCAAAGCACGAAUUGGAAGCUCUCAACGACAACAUCAGUCAGCAGCCAAAGAUCUCACUCAGUCCCCUGAAGUCUCCCCAACAACCAUCCAGGUGACAUACCUCCCCUCCAGUCAGAAGAGUAAACGUGCCAAGCACUUCCUUGAAUUGAAGAGCUUUAAGGACAACUAUAACACAUUGGAGAGUACUCUGUGAUGGAGCUGAAGGACUCUCACUGUAGAUUGAGCCAGACAGUUGCAGUAUGCAAGACAGGCUGCUUGCUGGGCAGCCCUCAGGACAUCUGGCUCAGCAGGCCCAGAUUGUAUUAGCAGAAGCUCCUGUUGUCUCCAGAGUUCUUAGAGCUUGUGCCUAAAGGGUCAUUCCCAACCCUUCUUAUUAGGCAUUUUCAGAACAUCAGCUAAGACUUUGUUUUCUUCCAGCAGCACUUUUUUUCUGGAUUUGAAUUCAGAUGUUACUAAUGUUUCUGUCAAAGCUUCCUUAAAAAUCUUCACUAGGUUUUGGCCAUUGUUCACCUACACUGUUUCAGACUAUUUAAUCCCAAAGGUGAGAGUUGAAGUGAGGCAUUCUUCCCUGUCUACCCCUUUGUACAUGGUUGAAUGGAAACUGUUUAGAUUUAAGGCAUCUCAGAGUUGAUUAGUGAAAAAAAAGCAGACAGGAACUGGUGGGGAGCUGGGAUGAGGAAGUUGGUAUGUGGAACAGCUUACCCUGGUGCUCCACUUAAAGCAGGAUGUGUUGCAACUUUUCUGAUAGACAAAGAUCUGCUUUUACACUUUCAUUCCAGAGCAUUGUGAAUAAAUGGAAUUAAAGGGAAUGUUCUGACACCUAACAUAACCUGUGCCAGGCUGUGAGACAGUGGGAAGGAGUGGUUUCCCCUAGCAAGCCAAUGCACUGAUCUGACUUUAUAAAUUAUUUAAUAAAAUGAACUAUUGAAAAAUAAAGUGUAUGAUUGAUUCAGAGUUGUCUUUUAAUAAAACUGGCAUAUGAUGUA